CCGGCGACAUUAGCUAGCGCUCGCUCUACUCUCUGUAACGGGGAAGCAGCGGACUACAAGAGACUGAACUGUAUCUGCCUCUUAUUUCCAACAGACUCACGUUCAACUUUCGUUCACAAAAAAAGCCGGGAAAAUUUUAUUAAUCCUUUUUUUAAAAAAAGUUAAUAUAAAAUUAUAGCAAAAAAAAAAGGAACCUGAACUUUAGUAACACAGCUGGAACAAUCCGCAGCGGCGGGAGAAAAGAUUUAAUUUAGUUGAUUUUCUGUGGUUGUUGGUUGUUCGCUAGUCUCACGGUGAUGGAAGCUGCACAUUUUUUCGAAGGGACGGAGAAGCUGCUGGAGGUUUGGUUCUCCCGGCAGCAGCCCGACGCAAACCAAGGAUCUGGGGAUCUUCGCACCAUUCCAAGAUCUGAGUGGGACAUACUUUUGAAGGAUGUGCAAUGUUCAAUCAUAAGUGUGACAAAAACUGACAAGCAGGAAGCUUAUGUACUCAGUGAGAGUAGCAUGUUUGUCUCCAAGAGACGUUUCAUUUUGAAGACAUGUGGUACCACCCUCUUACUGAAAGCACUGGUUCCCCUGUUGAAGCUUGCUAGGGAUUACAGUGGGUUUGACUCAAUUCAAAGCUUCUUUUAUUCUCGUAAGAAUUUCAUGAAGCCUUCUCACCAAGGGUACCCACACCGGAAUUUCCAGGAAGAAAUAGAGUUUCUUAACGCAAUUUUCCCAAAUGGAGCAGCAUAUUGUAUGGGACGGAUGAAUUCCGACUGUUGGUACUUAUAUACUCUGGAUUUCCCAGAGAGUCGAGUAAUCAGUCAGCCAGAUCAAACCCUGGAAAUUCUGAUGAGUGAGCUUGACCCAGCAGUUAUGGACCAGUUCUACAUGAAAGAUGGUGUUACUGCAAAGGAUGUCACUCGUGAGAGUGGAAUUCGUGACCUGAUACCAGGUUCUGUCAUUGAUGCCACACUGUUCAAUCCUUGUGGGUAUUCGAUGAAUGGAAUGAAAUCGGACGGAACUUAUUGGACUAUUCACAUCACUCCAGAACCAGAAUUUUCUUAUGUUAGCUUUGAAACAAACAUAAGUCAGACCUCCUAUGAUGACCUGAUCAGGAAAGUUGUGGAAGUCUUCAAGCCAGGAAAAUUUGUGACCACCUUGUUUGUAAAUCAGAGUUCUAAAUGUCGCACAGUGCUUUCUUCGCCCCAGAAGAUUGAAGGUUUUAAACGUCUUGAUUGUCAGAGUGCUAUGUUCAAUGAUUACAACUUUGUUUUUACCAGCUUUGCUAAGAAUCAGCAACAACAGCAGAGUUGAUUAAGAAAAAUGAAGAAAAAACGGAAAAAGAGAACACACAUAGAAGGUGGUGGCUGCUUUCUAGAUAUUGAUACCGGGGGCCAUGCUUUCCAUAACCACCACCUUGUAGCUGCAGGAAGCCCUAGUUGUAAUCAUAGUGUAAUCACUUUGAAUUGUUGUAUGCAUUAUUAUAUCAAGGAAUUAGAUAUCUUGCAUGAAUGCUCUCUUCUGUGUUUAGGUAUUCUAUGCCACUCUUGCUGUGAAAUUGAAGUGCAUGUAGAAAAACCCUUUUACUGUAUGAAACUUUACAAAACUUGUGAAAACAAUUCAAUUUGGUUUAUGCAUAGUACAAUAUUUCUCCAGGUAUCAUCCAAAAUUCCCCACAGACAAGGCUUUCGUCCUCAUUAGGUAUUAGCCUCAGCCUAACCAUCUGGGACUGUUCUAUUAAAUUGCUGCCUGAAUUUUACAUCCAGUUACCUCGUUUCUAGAACGUAUUCUCUACUAAUGUUAUUGAAACCACUUUCUACUACAUACGGAUAUUUUUUGCAACAGCAAUUAAAGUUUUUCUUCCACGAGUCAAAUCCUCUUAAGAAAAUGAUUGCAGUUACUCAUUUUGUGAAUUAUUUAAACAUUAUGGUUUCUUCCAUUUGUAAUCCUCGCCAUGGAGUUCCUUCCCCUCAGCCCCCCAAAUAAAGCAAUACACUGUUAUCCGUGGGUUUAUACUAAUUACAUACCCCAGAGGGGGAAAAGGAGUGGACCCUGGUCCCAGUUUUCUUUUUUAAGUUCAAGUGAAAGUAGUCUCGUUUUUGUUGGCUGGUGGUGACAAAAAUAAGCAUUAAAAUAUUGUGGCUUGAGAUUAGGGUGCAUGGACAGAACUGUAUGGAAAUCUUAAAACCCGUGCCAUGUUUCCCAGUAAAUCAGUAAAUGAUAUUAGCUUAUCAUGAGCACCACAACUUCGCUAACUUGCUAAGUAGUAUAAAUGGUGUCAAAGUCAGCUUGGAUCGCUCACUUAAAAUUACUUAAAUUACUUUAGCAACCAUUUCCACUAAUUUCCAUUAAUAAUACACUGAAAGCUUUGAUUCAAAGCAGAAUCUAUGUCUUUUCUGUCCUGUGACUUUGUGAUGCGUGUGUUAGUGUUCUGACUUCAUCUGUUCUUCUUACCAGUGUUCCUUUCACCAUGAUUUGAUAGUGACUGCUUGGAAUGAUAGCUGUCCAGGUUAUUCAGGCCUGCACAGUGAAGCAGAAUGCUGUUCAGAAGAUAUAUGAAAUUCCAAAAUAGUCAAUGGGAAAUGACAAGGAAUACAGGCUGUCCAGAGAGUCGGCAUCUUUUUAGCAAAUUCUGUUGUAUUUCAGUAGCUGAGAGAACAGUGAAGCUUAAAUAAAUUUUGUGUUUCUUCUUGUCCUCAUAUAUUUUUAGUUUCUUUCUGGAUUGGUGCCAUGGUGUUUCAUUCCUUCCUCAUUUAUAGAUGGAACACCUUUUUUUAAGAGGUUUCCAAACAAAAUAUACUUGGUUUGAAAUCAAGUGAUUGGAACUCUGUUUUGAUUUAUUUUACACACAUUGUUGAAAGUUUCAUUGAAGAAGCAUUCAGUCAAUGUGUAAUCAGUUUGAUUCUGUAAGUAGCAUAGCACCUAAAGUUUUGGUGUCUUUGAGGACCAAUACUCAAAAUGGAUUUUGUUCUUGAACAGUAUCCCAGCAGAUUUGAUAUUUGUUGGCUUGAGGUCUGAUUUUUUUUUUUUUUUUUUUUGAGUAGAAUUCUGUCUAAUGUUGAUGAAGUGUACAAAUUUGUAUGGGAAUAAGCCUAGGAAGUGAAAACUGUAGAUUGGAUAGUAAUCUAAAUCUUAGUGUUAUAGAGGAGGGGAUGUUUUGGUGCCAUAAAUUCUCCCUUCAUGGUGUUGGAUUUAAAUCAGUUGAAAUGUAUUUCUGUACCACAAUUUAUGCUUCAAUAAAAGUUUGCUUAAUUCAU